GAGAUCUUCAAGAUUUUGUAUAUAUGAAUAUAUCCUUAUUGCUGCUAGAAAAUACUUUUACAACCAUGCCUCUCUGAUGAGAGUUUAUGAAUACAAAUCGAAAGCUUUUGUCUUUAGAUAUAAACAGUUGUAUCUUUUGGGAAAAAAAAAGUACAGCACAGUAUUUGUAUCAUAUAGACAGUUAUGAAAGAUUCUACGUAUUUUAUAACUAGCCAUAAUGGUCAUUGAAAUUAUUAGAUGAGCCCCUUUAUUUUUGGGGGAUGAUUUGUAAGUUUAGAAACUUGAUGUGGUUUUAUAGAAUUUUACAAAUUCAACAAUCUUUAUGAUUCAAGUAAUAUGCUCCACUUAAUAUGCUAUAACACAAUUUGUUGAAUUUCUUAUUAGCUAGCCGAAUAUGUCUUUUGAUAGUAGUUUAAUAGAUUCAAGGGUAAUUGUUAGAAACAUGAUUCGUUCAUCUUGGUUGGACAUGCUAACGAUCAUGCACAUGAUAACGAUUUUAGGUGGUCCACAUCAUGCGUAGUUUGUAUGUGCACGCCCAGUUUGUAUGAAUAACUUUUAUAAGUGGUUUGAUAUUAAAAAUAAAAAAAGAAGAAAUAACUGAUUUAACUUUUAUAAUUGACUUCCUGUGUUUAUCUUAUUUCAAGUCAUGAUUCAUCUAUUUCCUAUAUUUGGAAUUUUGCGACUAGGAGACUUUUUGGUUGUUAGCUGAUUCUCGUAGUGUAUAGCUCUUCUGCUAAUGUUGAUAUAUCAAGCAACUUUCUAUAGAGAGCCUCUGCUGAACACCAGCUUAGUGCUGGGCUUGUUUCCUUUACUGAAAAGGGUGGUUUGCCUUUGGCAGAUUCUGACUCCAGGACAUAAAUAACAUCAACUCGGGGGCAACAAAAAUAUGGGACAUAGGCAUCUAUUUAACACGUCUCAAAUGUUUGACAGUGACCAUGAUCAAAACUGGAAUCACAUGCAGACAGAACAAUCGUUUGGGCAUAUGGCCAGGGCCGGCAGUGCAGACAAUGGUUCGUUCUUUUAUCCAAUGGAAAACAUGUUUGUAGAUGGAAUGCAUUUUGCUUCACAUUGGAAUCCUCUACCAAGGUCAAAUGGGUUUUCUUCCUCAAGUCACAAUGUUGAAGUACCGCGUUAUCCACCCGAUGCUUCAGGCUCAUCUCACGAUCCCUUUCAGCAUCCAUUAAAUGGUGGAACCUUCCCUGCAGUUGCUGAAAAUUUUGCUCACCACACCUCUUCUUCCAAUUACGACAGGCAGACAUUGCAAGGCGUUGAGGGUGGUUUUAUUGAUCUUACGAUGGGUAGUGGAACCGGCCCUCACAAGCGUAAAAGUCCAGGAAUCCCAUCUGGCUGUGAUAGAGGCAGCACAAGCAGAUACUAUGGUGCUGGGAGUUCUUCUGACGUUCCUAUACCUUCAGAGUUGCGGCAUGAGAAAGUAGGUUUAGAUACACAGCACAUGCCAUGGGAUCUUGUUAAUAUGAAUCCCAAUUACAGAGGACAUGGUCUUUCCAUAAGGGCUGAAGGAUCUAUGAGGAAUGUGAGAAGCCGGUCUACACACGACUUGGAGUCCAACCUAGCUAGGACACAUUUAUCCAGCAAUCCUUCGCAUAAUUCCUAUUCUACAAACCCCAUUGAGCAUCCUAGCACACUGGAUCUGUCAGUUCAGCCUUCAGCUGGAUUGAACAGAGAGUGGAACCAUUUUGGUAUUUCUCCGCCCGGGGGUGCUCUGGUUUCAGAUACGAGUGUUUUCAGUCAUGAGCCUGUGCAACGCUUCCUUUUAGGAAGCAAUUCCAGCAAUGAGGGAUACCAUCAUGACUUCAUUCAAAACAGAAGUGGUGUGGUUCCUCAAAGCUAUCCCGGUACCUCUACCCAACCCGUGAGAGGUGUUCGCAGCAGCUAUUCUCAAAGAUCCAGCCCAACUAUGAGGGCUUCUUCAAGUAGCUUGCGGCUGGGGCAUGCUGCUCCUCCUGAUGAGGGAUUGCAAUUGGUAACUGAAAGUCACCCAAGACAUCCUCGGCCAUUGUCCAACAUAGGGUGGCAUAGUGCCGAGAGACAUGGCAGAUCCAGAAUAUCAAACGAAAGAUAUCGUGUAGUAUCUGAUGAGACGGGUUUCCAUGAUCGGUUUUCUACUGAAGGUUUUAUGGUUGUGGAGCGUUCAGCCUUGUAUGGUUCGAGAAAUAUCUCUGAUCAGCACAGGGACAUGAGGUUGGAUGUAGACAACAUGAGCUAUGAGGAACUUCUUGCGCUUGGGGAACGUAUCGGGAGUGUUAGCACUGGUUUGUCUGCAGAUUUGAUGUCAAAGUGUGUGACAGAAACCAUAUAUUGCUCAUCUGACCAAAUCCAGGAGGAAGGGACGUGCGUUAUUUGCCUGGAGGAGUACAAGAACAUGGAUGAUGUUGGGUCACUGAAAACUUGCGGUCAUGAUUACCAUGUGAACUGCAUCAAAAAGUGGUUAUCAAUGAAAAACUUGUGUCCCAUCUGCAAAGCUCCUGCUCUGGCUGAUAAGUGAUAAUAUGAAGGAAAAAUAAAAUGGGUCAUUUAUUCUUUCUAUUUUUGUUUGCUAUAUAUCAUUGUUGUGUAUAUAUUCGGAUAUGAUCCUCAAAUGGAGGAAAGAAAACUUGUAUGGGAUUGUUGUAAAAAGCAAACGCUAAGCUAAGCUAAUCUGCCCAUUUGUUUCAGGCUUCCAUCUCAAUUUUAGUUUUGUGAAGCCUUUUAUUUAAAGAAAA